AUGGGAGGUGUUUUGCAGAGAAACAAGAAAUCCAAGUUUUUAGAGCAUACAUGCCAGUCUCAUGAGAGAUCAGUCAAUUGCUGCGCUAUUGAUAAGACUGGUGAACUUAUCUUGACUGGAUCCGAUGACCUGAAAGCAAUCGUUUGGUCUGUUUCUACCGGAGAACCGAAGAGGAUUUUGGAAGGCCACAAAGGAUACAUUUGCUGCUGCGAUUUCUGGUUCAACAAAAAGAAGCAGGAAACCCAAGCAGUGACUGCCUCCGCUGAUCGGACGAUCAAAAUAUGGCGAAUCGCGGAUGGAGUUUGCCAGCUUUCAAUCGAGCAUCAUUCUCAUGUAAUGACGAAAAUUACAAUAAACAACGAUUUGAUUUUCUCUUCUUCUUAUGAUAAAACUGUAGCGAUGGCGAAUCUGCGAACUGGCUCUCUCAUACGAAAAUUUGAAGGACACCAGCACUCGGUCACGUGCUUCAAUCUUCUAUUUGACGAUCCAGCAGAAACGGCGGAGAAGAACUUCUUGACAACUGAGACUUGUGGUGAUUCUCGGGAUUUUCUUAUAACUGGAUCGUCCGAUUGGACUGCGAGAAUUUGGGCCAUCAAAAGUGGAGUUUAUCUUCGCACAUUCCAAGGUCACACCGGGCCAGUAAUUUGCAUGGCGCUCGAUGUCGCCAGUCGUUCUCUCUUCACCGGCUCUUCUGAUCACAGCAUCAAGAAAUGGGACAUUUCUAGCGGCGAAUUUAUCCAGUCAAUGAAGGGUCAUUCUUCUUCUAUCACUCAAAUCGCUCUCAAGAAUAAAAUUCUCUUGUCCACCAGUGCGGAUUGGAGCGUUCGAGUUUGGUCCGCUGAUUAUGGAGAUUUCAUCAAAACGUUUGAAAAUGGCCAUGAACACAUGGUCAGCACGAUGAAGAUUUCUGAUGGAGUUGUUGUCACUGGAGACGGAAAUGGAGUCAUAAAGGUAUUUGAUCCACGAGUUCUUCACGCAAAAGCUACUCUUCUUGGACAUAAAUAUGCAAUCAACUGUCUUUACACUUUCCCUGGGGGCAUCAUCAUCUCGGGCAGUUACGAUUCUUCCGUUCGAAUUUGGAACAUCAAAACUGUGCUUGAAAAAUUAGACCCUGUCGAAGCCGAAGAUCCAAAACUGGCCUACGAUGAUGACGAGGAAUAUUUCGAUGGAAGCAGAAAAAAUUCGCUCAGAACACCAAGCCCUCAAUUUGAUGAUACCUACGACACAGACGAAGACGAAUUCCUCCGCGUUCAAAACGAAAAAGAACAGAUUCGCCGACGAAGUCAAGUUGACGAUAUGCUUCAAUCGUCUGUCCGUCAAAUUGUUGAAUACAAUCUCAUCGACGAAAUCACUGAUACCGUUCUCAAUCAAAUCAAAAAGAAAGACUCGACGAAAAAGAAAGUUGAAGUCCUUCCUGAGCUACUUGAAUAA